AACAUCAGCAAGAUUAGUGAUUUUCAGUAAUGGGUGUUUUUGUCCAGUGAAGGACUAAUUUUCGCAACUUCCAAAAUUCGUUUUACUUCGAGAGUGCAGCAAAAAAGUCCUCGCAAUGAACGUCAUCCGAGCGGUUCAGUUGUAUCUGGAUCAAAUGGUUUCCGAAGCAGGUCCUGGAAUGAAAAUGCUGAUGAUGGAUAGGGAAACCACCAGCAUCGUAUCGAUGGCAUUUGCCCAGUCCGAAAUGCUCCAGAAGGAGGUGUACCUCUUCGAGCGGAUCGAUUCAGGUCGAUCCAACGAACGUCUCAAGUACGUAAAGUGCAUCGUCUUCAUACGACCCACCCGAGACAACGUUCUGCGGCUGCAAAGUGAGCUGAAGAGCCCCAAAUACGGAUCAUAUUUUAUCAAUUUCAGCAACAUCAUUCCACGGACCGAUAUCAAAGCCCUGGCGGAGAGCGACGAAAGCGAAUCCGUUCGCGAAGUCAGGGAAAUGUACGCCGAUUAUCUGCCAGUGAAUCCGAACCUGUUCUCGUUUAACAUUCCAACCUGCCUGCAGGCUCUCUCGUGGAAUCCGGACGCGCUGGAGCGAAGUGUACAGGGACUAAUCAGUGUCCUACUAUCGUUCAAAUUCCGCCCAGCGAUUCGUUUCAAAUCUAGCUCCAGUGCUGCUCAAACGCUCGCCAAGAAGGUUCACGAAACGAUCAAUAAGGAAACCGCACUGUUCAGCUUCCGACCACCGGAUGACGGUGCUGCUCCACCAUUGCUUCUUAUUCUAGAUCGACGGGAUGACCCAAUCACUCCGUUGCUUAACCAGUGGACCUAUCAGGGCAUGGUGCAUGAACUAUUGACCAUCACCAAACAGCGAGUGGAUCUUUCAGGAGUGCAAGGAGUUCCCAAAGAUUUGAAGGAGAUUGUGCUUUCCACCGAACAAGACGAAUUUUACGCUGGUAAUUUGUACUCAAACUUUGGCGAGAUUGCAACUACGAUCAAGGGACUGAUGGACGAAUUUCAGAAGAAGGUCAAUGAUCAGAAGAAAAUCGAGAGUAUCAACGAUAUGAAAAAUUUUGUCGAAACCUACCCACAGUUCAAAAAAAUGUCCGGCGCGGUCAACAAGCAUCUAGUACUCAUCAGCGAGCUAUCGCUGCAGGUCAGUAAGCAGCAGCUGUUCGAGAUUUCCGAGUUGGAGCAAGAAAUCGCCUGUCGCGCGGAUCAUGCAACGCAGCUGCAGCGAGUUAAAAAACUCGUUUCCGAUGAGAAAAUCAGUCUUCAUAAUGCUCUUCGACUGGUCAUGCUGUACUCGAUGCGCUACGAACGGCAUGCCAAUUGUGGCACAUCGGGGCUACUUAAAAUCCUACAGGAUCGUGGUGGUCGUGCAAACGUAGUUCCGAAAAUGUUGGAAUACAUCAGCCCCAGUGCUCGGCAGGAACUGUUCAACUUGGUUAAAAUUACAGACGCCGUUAAGCUGACGCGCAACUUGAUCAAGGGUCUUAAGGGUGUUGAAAACGUGUACACACAGCACAAUUGUGUGCUAAAGGAAACUUUGGAGGAAGUCGUCAAGGGACGUCCCCUUGAUUCGAGCUAUCCCAUAAUGGGUAACGAGGUACCGUACCGUAGGCCUCCGCAGGAAGUGAUCGUGUUUGUGAUCGGAGGGACGACCUACGAAGAAGCGUUAGCCGUCCAUCGGUACAAUCAGGAAGGAUACAAGGUUAUCUUGGGUGGAACUACCGUGCAUAAUUCAACCAGCUUUAUCGAUGAGAUUUUGGCGGCCACGGUAGGAGUUCCGUUCAAACACUCGAGAUCACUGCAACAGUUCCAUCAUGCACCGCCAGGUGAGGCUUAGAAGACGAACACGGUGCGGCUUCGUACGUUUUGUGAGUAAGGAAAAUUUCGACUAAAUAUUCCAGCGUUAGCUGUUACUGUUUGCUAAUUUAUUAUGUUAAUGUAAAACUUAUAAUACACUUA